AUUCCACACCCCUAGCUUUUACUGCUUUCUCUCUCUGCGCAGUACAUGCCUCAGUACAAUUCCAUCUCCAUCUCUGGCUACCACAUCAAUGAGGCUGGGGCUGACCCUGUGCUGGAGUUGGCCUUCACUGUGGCCGAUGGGCUAGAGCACUGCAGGAUAGACACGAUAGUUGGUGUGAACAAGUACACUCUGGACAAGGAGGAGCCAGUGGAGGUGCUCUCCAUCGACAACGUUAAGACCAUUGACUCACAGCAACAUAAACUGGAGACCCUCCGCUCCACUAGAGACCAAUCACAGCCCAAUGCAGGUUGUGUAUAUACAGUGCUUUUAUAUUUAUGGUGUACUAGUUAACAAUACUCUUCCCUUCUGCAGGAUCCCUACAACAAUAUAAUGUGUACGUGUAUUGAAGCAAUGGCAGCUGUGUUUGGAGGCACUCAGUCGCUACACACUAACUCGUUUGACGAGGCCCUCGCUCUGCCCACCCCCUUCUCAGCUCGUAUUGCCAGGAACACCCA